AUGAUCCUGGCUGUUUUGUUCUUUCUCCUGUGCAGUUUCCAGACCUCCGCCGGCCAUUUCCCCCGAGCUUGCACGUCUCUUCGGAACCUGAUAGAGAAGGAAUGCUGCCCGCCGUGGAAGGGGGAUGGGAGUCCCUGCGGCCAGCUUUCAGGCAGAGGUUCCUGUCAGGACAUCCUUCUGUCCAGUGCACCAUUUGGGCCACAAUUCCCUUUCACAGGGGUGGACGACAGGGAAUCCUGGCCCUCCGUCUUUUAUAACAGAACCUGCCAGUGCUCUGGCAACUUCAUGGGAUUCAGCUGUGGACGUUGCAAGUUUGGAUACUGGGGACCAAACUGCACACAGAAAAGAGUCUUGGUGAGAAGAAACAUCUUCGAUUUGAGUGUCCCAGAGAAGGACAAGUUCCUCGCCUACCUCACUUUAGCAAAGCAUACCAUCAGUGCAGACUAUGUCAUCCCGACAGGCACGUAUGGCCAAAUGAAGAACGGAUCAACCCCCAUGUUUAACGAUGUUAACGUUUAUGACCUCUUUGUCUGGAUGCAUUACUAUGUGUCAAGAGACACACUGCUUGGGGGGUCUGAAAUAUGGAGAGACAUUGAUUUUGCCCAUGAAGCACCAGGUUUCCUGCCUUGGCAUAGACUUUUCUUGCUUCUGUGGGAAGAAGAUAUCCGGGAGCUUACAGGGGAUGAGAACUUCACUAUUCCAUACUGGGACUGGCGAGAUGCGGAAAGCUGUGACAUUUGCACAGACGAGUACAUGGGAGGUCGGCACCCUACAAGCCCUAACCUGCUCAGCCCAGCAUCGUUCUUCUCCUCUUGGCAGAUUGUAUGCAGCCGACUGGAGGAAUAUAACAGCCGUCAGGCUUUAUGUGAUGGGAACCCUGAGGGACCUUUACUUCGUAAUCCUGGAAGCCAUGACAAAGCCAGGACCUCGAGGCUCCCCUCCUCAGCUGAUGUGGAAUUUUGCCUGAGUUUGACGCAGUAUGAAUCUGGCCCCAUGGAUAAAACUGCCAAUUUCAGCUUUAGAAAUACAUUGGAAGGAUUUGCUAGCCCCAUUACCGGAAUCGCAGAUGCCUCACAAAGCAGCAUGCACAAUGCUUUGCACAUCUAUAUGAACGGAACCAUGUCCCAAGUACAAGGAUCGGCCAACGAUCCCAUUUUUCUUCUUCAUCAUGCCUUUGUUGACAGUAUUUUUGAACAGUGGCUCCGAAGGCACCGCCCACUUCAGGAAGUUUAUCCGGAAGCAAAUGCACCCAUCGGGCAUAACCGGGAGUCCUACAUGGUUCCUUUUAUACCUCUCUACAAAAAUGGUGAUUUCUUUGUGUCAUCGAGAGAUCUAGGCUAUGAAUACAGCUACCUACAAGAUUCAGAUCUAAGCUUCUUUCAAAACUACAUUGAGCCUUACUUGGAACAAGCACGUCGGAUCUGGCCGUGGCUGGUCGGAGCAGCCUUGGUAGGAGCCGCCCUCGCUGCGUCACUGGUGGGGUUUACCAACCUACUGUGCCGUCACAAGAGGAAGCAGCUCCCCGAGGAAAGGCAGCCGUUGCUCAUGGAAAAGGAGGACUACAACAGCUUAUUGUACCAAAGCCAUUUGUAAAAGGCACAAGCAGUAGAGUGGGACCAGAACACAUGUCCUCACUGUAACUCAGAGUGCUGUGCGGGUUCCCGGGAGCUACCCCCCAGCAGAGACCCCUGUGUGUCAGAGAAGACCACUCUUAGAAUUGUAAUGUAGUAGAAAAUGUACCCCUAACGCACACCCAGCUAGAACACUGCUGUUUGUCUUGCUGCUUUUGCUCAGUCCUUGUAGUUCUCCCCCAGCUCCUAUUUUCAAGGACCGCAUAACGUUUGGUACUAUGUCAGUGCACAUGUAUCAAAA